CGUACCCCGGGAGCCGACAGGUUGUUUGUUUCCCCCCGAGUGGGCGUGGCCAAGAAGGAGCAGGUCACAGGGAGGCCUCUUAUUGGCCGGCGAGGCCACAGAGGCCGGGGGACAUGAGCCUGUUCAACCCCGCCGCCGACGAGAACGUGUCGCUGGUGCGCCCCGACUACUUCGUCAUCAGCGGGCUGUCGGGCGUCCGCCACAUCCAGCUCUACUACGUCUUCCUCUUCCUGCUCUACCUGCUCUCGCUGCUGGGCAACGGCGCCGUCAUGGCCGUCAUCUGCCUGGACCGGGGGCUGCGCACGCCCAAGUACGUGGCGGUCUUCAACCUGGCCCUGGUGGACCUGCUGGGCAGCUCGGCGCUGGUGCCCAAGCUGCUGGACAUCUUCCUGCUGGGCCACCGCCGCAUCGCGUACGGCGAGUGCCUGGCGUUCCUCUUCUUCUGCUACACCUGCCUGUGCAUGCAGUCCUUCAACCUGCUGGCGCUGGCCUACGACCGCCUGCUGGCCAUCACCUUCCCGCUGCACUACCAGGUGCGCAUGACCCACCGCCUCAUGCGGACGCUCAUCGCCGCCUCCUGGCUGCUGACGGUGGUGCUGGUGCUGGUGGCGGUGGGCCUGCUGACCCGGCUGUCCUUCUGCCGCUCGCUGGUCAUCAACAGCUACUUCUGCGACCACGGCCAGAUGUACCGGCUGGCGUGCAACAGCCACUUCCCCAGCUACAUGGUCAGCUGCGUCUACCCCGUGGUGAUCUUCUGGCUGCCGCUGGCCUUCAUCCUGCUCAGCUACGUCUCCAUCGGCUGCGCCCUGGCCAAGGUGGCCUCCGCGCCGGAGCGCCUGAAGGCCUUCAAGACCUGCGUGGCGCACCUGUCGCUGGUGGCCAUCUACUUCGUGCCGAUGCUGGUCACCUUCACGCUCAUGGAGAACAUCCACCCCCACGCCAGGAUCAUCAACCUGUCGCUCACCUCCGUCUUCCCGCCCGCCUUCAACCCCAUCAUCUACACGCUGCAGACGCAGGAGAUCAAGGAGUCGCUCAAGAAGCUGCUCGCCGGACGCCGCCGGGGCAAGGUGGCCGUCGGCAGGCACGCCGACGUCUGCUGAGCAAAAUGUCGCUUUGCUCCGCCAGAUUUUUACGCUUCAAAAAAUGCCAAAUUCUAACAGAGCUAACUGAAUUUCUCCUGUUCCAUUUUGGGACACCUAUCAUCUAUCUCGAAAGUAUAUUAAAGUUUCAUGAUUGCAGGCAAUACCUUGUGAUUAUUAUCACAUUUUAAUCUUGACUCCAUGACAGGACAAGCAGAUGAAGAACUGUCUCUUAUUUUAGGACGCUUUCAAAACUAACUUUAUGAUUUUUUUAAUAUGAAAAAGAAAAAGUACAACAAAAUAAGCUUGAAAUCAGACACUGUUAGGCACAAAAGUGCUUUGCUCCACUAGGUUUUAUGCUUUCAAAAAUGGCAGCGGAAUUUUCCAGUCCAAAUUCUAACAAAGCUUGCUGAAUUUUCUGGGGUUCCAUUUUGGGACACCUAUCAUCUAUCUCGAAAGUAUAUUACAGUUGAAUGAUUGCAGGCGAUACCUUAUGAUUAUUAUCACAUUUUAAUUUUGACUCCAUGACAGGACAAGCAGAUGAAGAACUGUCUCUUAUUUCGGGAUGCUUUCAAAACUAACUUUAUGAUUUUUUUUAAUAUGAAAAAGAAAAGGUACAACAAAAUAAGCUUGAAAUCAGACACUGUUAGGCACAAAAGUGCUUU